GGACUCCGGAGGAGGCCAGAGCCCGGGAUAGGCCCUGGGGUGGCCGGAGCUGCCCUGACCUGGCCCAGGACCUGGGCAGCACCAGCAAUGUCAGCCUCAAGGCCCAAUCCCACAGAAGCUCAGAAUGGGACCUUCGGACAGGGAGCCGUGGUUCCUGGCUUUGGGGGAGACGACACAGCUCAGGGGAGCCCCAUCAACCCCUGGGGCGCCUGCAGAGGCCAGCCGUGGGCAGUGCCUCUGACCUGGCCAACUAUACCUCCGUGGGACUGGAGAGCCCCUCAUGCCCGGUGCCAGCUCCCGGAUGUGUGGAGCAAGGGACCCCAGGCUGCACUUGUCUGCAACCUCUGUGCCCUGCCCCAGGGGUUCCUGUGAGGCCCAAGCCACCCGGCAACCUGGGAAACCUGCUGCCCCGCCCAGCACCCUUCCCCACAGGAGAGGGGGCAAAGGGCGAGCCUGUCACACUGGGGCCAGUCCUGCCUGAUCCAGCCCAGACCCUACACAAGUGUCCCUCUGCCAGGAGGACCCGCUACCACAUCGCUAUCACCCUCCAGGGCCACAGGCGGGCACCUGGGGAGGAGGGUGGAGAGCCUAAACCUGCCCAACCAGCUCUCCACCCCUGCGGCCCUGAGGAAUCCAGGGGCUGGCAGGAGCCUCCCCAGGGGCCCCGCCCCAUCACGGGGUGCCUGACAGACCAGCCCCAGGAGCCCCGGCUGCGAGCCCCACCGCAUCAGGAGGUCACAGCCCAGCAGCAGGAGCGCCAGGCCCGCUGGACGCCCGGCUCCCCACACAGACGGGAGCUGGAGCACAGUGAGCCAAGGACACCUCAAAACAGGUCGCUGGGGCCCAACAUGGAGGAGGCAGGUGGGCCCCUGGCUCAGGCUGAGACUCCUGUGGUGAGCACCACGCUGACAUGGCGGCGGCCGCCCCCUGCCCACGAAGAAAUGAGACAUCGUUUUCACAAGGUGUCCCUAGUGUCGGGGGCACAGAAAGAAGCCCCCCGGGAGGAGGUGUUUGAGCACAGCCACUGUCAAGAGGAAGUCAAUGGCUUUGUUACACGGGAAGAAACGACUAUAAAUUACCAGGGACCCCGGGAUGGGGCCGGCUCCAAGAGCUGUCAGAGUCACGGGCCCAUCUUUUCCAAGAAGUACACACUAGUCCCCAAGGAGAAAAGGCGAGUGGGAAGGCUGAAGGAGGCUAUAGACCAGGGUGAUGGCAGCCCCCCCGAGCCUGGGACUGAGCCAACACACCUGGGAGCCAUGGCCAGGAAUGAGAUUUUGGUGCCCCUGCCAGGGCCCCGUGAGCCAAGCCCCCACCCAGGUGUAAGUCUCAUCAGUGGGAGCCCCCGGAGCCUCGAAGAACGUCGGGUGACACGCACCGUGCAGACCACUGUGGUCGUGGGAGGGCACACGGAGCGACAGGUGAACAGCUCUGUGACCGUGGGGCCGGUGCUAUCGGGCGAGGCCCCGCCGAGGGGCCGCAAAGUUGUUCGCACCGUGCGGGCAGUGGUGGUGAGCCCUGAGGCCGAGGGCUCACCCAGCCUCAGCCAAGCCCGGGAGCUGCUAAGUAGCCUUGUGCCUGCUGAGCGUAGCCCCCCUGCCAGCCGGCUUCCCAGGCCCGCGGCUGUUGUGCCAAGGCGUCCGGGUCUGGGCAGUGCAGGGGGCGCAGGCUUAGGGCAGCUGCCUGAGACAGGGACGGCAGAGCCAAAGAACAAAGCUGCUCUGGUCCCUGUGGGCAUCCCAGAGGAUGUCCACCCACCUUGGAACCAGGAUGUCCCUGCAGCUUGCCCAGACCAAGACCAGAGCAGAGCCCCUGAUGCCAGAGCCCACGAGGUCCCAAGGGAUCAGGGAGCCUCCAGUCUCCCCCAGCCUCCUCUCCAGAUUUCCGAGGGCCAGGCACUGUCACCUUCCUCUCCCAGACGCCAGACCCCUACCCCCACCCUGGACCCAGUCUGCCCCUCAGAGCAGCUUGUGGUGCCCACUCACCCCAGGACCCAGCUCACUGUCAAGCCCAGGGGACCCCAGGCACUACACUCUGUGAAAAGGGAAGGGCUCACGGAUCCCUCUGCUGCCCCCAUCCUGCCCAAGGUGAAGAGCGAGGUGGCUGUUACAGUCCCUGGACAGCCUCUUGCUCCAUCCUCUACAAGAAGGAAGGCUGUCCCCAGCUCAGGAGGGCUUUCUGCUCCCUCCUCCCCACCGAAUACGUUUGUUGAAGACUCUAAAAAUGUCCCCAACUUCUCCCUUACCCAGGAAGAGGUAGCGCAGGGCUCUGGAGUCCAUGCCGACCCAUCCCUUACCCAGAAAGAGGUUGUGCAGGGUCCUGGUGUUCCUGCUGCCUCAUCCCCCAAGCCCGCCCAGGUUGUCCAGGCCUCAGAAGGCAGCCCUAGCACCCAAAAAGAGGCUAUCCACGGUACUAAAGGCAGUCUUACUUCUUCUCUCAGCAAGGACGAGGCUGUUCGAGGCCUGACUGCUUCCUCUAUCCCAUCCCCCAAAAAGGAUGAGGUUGUUGAGGGCUCCGAAGUGAGUCUCAUCUCAUCUCCCACCCAGAAAGAGGUUGUCCAGGAUCCCAUUGCUUCUGCUACCCCAUUUUCCACCCAGAAGGUGAUUGUCCAGGAUGCUGUUGUUCUCCCUGCCCCCUCCUCAGGGGGCGAGGUGUCCCCCAGCCCCGGAGCCCCUCCUGCCCUGGCGCUGAUGGUAGCAGAGGCCAGCCCGGAGUCCCGGCUUGUCCCUGACUCUACUGAGGGUGAGAUGGUCCCAGAGACAUCCCUGGAGGAGGAGGUGGCCCUGGCUGCCGACCUAGAGAUUUUCCUGGAUACACUGCGGAGCAUGGAGCCCCCUGAGAUCCUCCGCACUCAUCGGCUGCCACGAGCCCCCCGCUCCUCCUACCUGGCCAUGUACGCUACGCUGCCCGCCAUCGAGGAGGACCAGCCUGGACCAUGGGUGCUGGGACCCAGCCCCCAGGAGGCUCCCACACUAGAAGGGAAAGAGGAGGAGGAGGAAGAGGAGGAGGAAGAACCAGAGAAUCCCUACCUGAGCGACGACGAGAAGCUCCAGCGCAGGCAGGAGAAAGCUGGGCCCAGCCCCUCCUGGGACUCUCGCCCUGCGAGGCCCCCCCAGGUCUCUCGUUCUCCUCUGGAGAUGAUGAAGAAACAUGUGGCAGAUGCCAAGGGCGCCCCCUCAGUGCUGGGGCCAGACUGGCAAGCAGGGAGCAGGCUCACUUCCCGUCUCGGAGGCAGCCUUCUCUUCAGUGGGCUGGUGGCUGCCCCCCAGGAGGGUCCGGCCUCAGAACCACUGGGUACAAAACUAUCCGCCCUGCCGCCCCAUGGGAUGCCAGGACUCAGGAAAGUGCCAGGACAGCUGCCCCUGCUCUGCAGCGAAAGGCCACCGUUGGAGAAGCCUGCUUGUGCCCGGCUUCCUGAGGGUUGGAGCCCAGCAUUAAAGACCCAGGGCAAGUUGAACAUCAGGCCUGGAAAGAUGAUCCUCUUCUCAGAGCCUGGCUGCCAAGGCAGCCGCAAGGAGGUCUGGGAAGACAUCGCCGACACUUCCGGGUGGGCCCACGUGGCCUCCAUAAGUGUAGUUCGAGGAUGCUGGGUGCUCUACGAAGAGCCCGAGUUCCAGGGCCGGAAGCGAGUCGUGGCUGAAGGAAUGGUGGAUUUGGGAGCUCCGGAGUCCGUGUGGAGCACCCAAGGCAUCGGUUCCCUGAGGCGGGUUGUCCGGGACUACGUUAUCCCCGAGAUCAUCUUGUACUCUGAGGAGGGCCUCCAGGGGGAGCGAGUGAAGCUAACGGAUGCCUUGGAGGACUCCCAGGGCCCGGACAGGCCCCUGCAGGUGGCAUCCGCCGCUGUCUCUGCAGGACUGUGGCUGCUCUACCCCAAGCCCUACUUUGAAGACACUCCCUGCAUCCUGGAGCCUGGAGACUACCCCACCUCAGAGGCCUGGGGUGGCUUGGACCCUACGGUGGGCUCCUUGAAGCCCAUGAGACUGGGCUGCCCAAAUGUGGAGAAGCCAGGGGAGCCCAAGGUUGUGGUUUACGAAGCCACAGGCUUUCAGGGCCGGAGCUGGGAAGUGAGCAGAGACAUCUACAACCUUCAGCAGCCAGAGGACAGCCAGAGCCCCCACCUGGCCUCUGUGGGGUCCCUGAGGGUUCUUGGGGGCUGCUGGGUGGGCUACCAGAAGGCAGGCUUCCGGGGCCACCAGUACCUGCUGGAGGAGGGGGAAUAUGCUGAUUGGUCACACUGGGGAGGCUAUGACGAGGCGCUGACCUCCCUGCGGGUCAUCCGGACGGACUUUGGGGACCCGGCCGUGGUGCUGUUUGAGGCCAUGGACUUCGAGGGGCAUGGAGUGGAGGUGAGAGAGGCAUUGCCGGACGUGGAGCUGGCGCGACACGGCCCCCACACGCAGGCCAUCCACGUGCUCAGCGGCGUGUGGGUGGCCUAUCAGAAGGUGGGCUUCUCCGGGGAGCAGUACGUGCUGGAGAAGGGCGUGUACCGCAACUGCGAUGACUGGGGCGCCGGCAACAGCGCCCUCUCCUCGCUGCAGCCGGUCUUGCAGGUCGGCGAGCACAAUCUGCACUUUGUCUCAAAGAUUCAGCUUUUCUCCGGCCCCGACUUCCUGGGCGACCACAUCUCCUUCGAGGAUGAUCAGGCCUCCCUGCCCGCCUCCUUCCAGGCCCAGUCCUGCCGAGUCCACGGGGGCAGCUGGAUCCUGUUUGAUGAGAAGAACUUCGAGGGUGAUCAGCACAUUCUCUCUGAGGGCGAGUUCCCUACUCUCACGGCCAUGGGCUGCCUAGCCUCCACGGUCCUGGGCUCUCUCCAGAAGGUACCCCUGCACUUUUCAGAGCCCUCCAUUUUCCUGUAUGGACUGGAGUGCUUGGAAGGGAAGGAGAUCGAGCUGGACAGGGAGGUGCGCAGCCUACAAGCCGAGGGCUUCAACAACCACGUGCUGUCCGUGCGGAUCAGGGGGGGCAUCUGGGUGCUGUGUGAGCACAGUGACUUCCGGGGCCGCCAGUGGUUGGCAGGCAGCUGCGAGAUCACCAACUGGCUGACAUACAGCGGGACGCAGAGGGUGGGCUCCCUCUACCCCAUCAGGCAGCGUCGGGUUUAUUUUCGCCUCUGGAAUGCCGCCCUGAGGGGAUUCCUGGCAGUGCCAGACCAUGUGGAGGACAUGAAGGCUGGCCGUGUGGUGGUCUCCGAGCCCCAAGUGGGAGGCAGCUGUGUCUGGUACUACGAGGAUGGGCUACUGAAGAACCAGGUGGCCCCAACCAUGAGCCUGCAGGUGAUCGGUCCUCCCAGCACGGGCUCCAAGGCGGUGCUGUGGGCUGAGAGCCGCCUCCCCCGGCAGACGUGGAGCAUCAGCGAAUUGGGCCACAUCUGCAGCCAGAUGUUUGAAGGGCGGAUCCUAGAUGUGAAGGGUGGCCGGGGCUAUGACCGGGACCACGCGGUGCUGUGGGAGCUGGCCGAGGACCGGGCGUCCCAGAUCUGGACCGUCCAUGUGCUCUGACACCGCAACCCC